AUGGCAGACACCUGCUGCUCCAGGACCUACGUGGUGGCUGCGUCCACCCUGUCCGUCUGCUCCAGUGACCUGAACUGUGGCAGCCGCGUCUGCUCACCCACUGCUUGCACCAGCUCCUCCUGGCAGGUGGACAAUUGCCAAGAGAGCUGCUGCGAGGCCCCCUGCUGUGCCCCCAGCUGUUGCCAGUCCAGCAGCUGCGCUCCCACAUGCUGUGCCCCAGCCUCCUGCCUGACCCUCAUCUGCACCCCUGCAAGUUGCGGAUCUGGUCCCUGCCAAUCAGUCUGCACCAGCUCCUGCCAGCCCUCCUGCUGCAGCUCCUUCCCCUGCCAGGAAGACUGCUGUGUGUCUGUUUGCUGCAAGCCCAUCUGCUGCACCCAUCCUGUCUGCUGCAAGCCCGUCUGCUGCACCCCCGUAUGCUGCACCGCUGUCUGCUGCCAGGCCUCCCCCUGCACAGGCUCCUCAUGCUGCCAGCAGUCUAGCUGCCAGCCCUCCUGCUGCAGCUCCUCUCCCUGCCAGAAAGACUGCUGCACCCCUGUCUGCUGCACCCCUGUCUGCUGCAAGCCCGUCUGCUGCACGCCUGUCUGCUGCACCCCUGUCUGCUGCACCCCUGUCUGCUCUGGGCCCUCCCCCUGCUCGGCCCCCUCCUGCUGCCAGCCCAGGCCCUGCUCCUCGUCCUACUGCAGACCGUCCUCCUGCGUGUCCCUGCUCUGCCGCCCCGUGUGCAGGCCCGCCUCCUCCUGCUGUGCCCCUUCCUCCUCCUGCCAGCCCAGCUGCUGCCGCCGGGCCUCCUGCGUGUCCCUGCUCUGCCGCCCUGUGGGCUCCCGCCAGGCCUGCUGUGUGCCCACCUCGGCCCAGAAGUCCUGCUGCUGA